AUUCCAGAAAUGUUUGCAGUUCCAGACGGGAUCCGUAGAAGAGAGAAGAGUCUGCUCAUGUAAUUUUUGUCGGUUGAAACAACAGUGAAAACACUGACGUGUAUAUCAUUUCUUUAAUUUAUUAUUAUUAUUUACUGCACUAGACUAGCAUCAGACGUCCUGCAUUUCAACAUGGACACAUCGACUCGGACCCAGUCGCAGGCCAGUUCCCCCAGCCGGAGUUCUGACUCUCCCGAGUCCGGCGCUCCACUGACCGUGCAUCACGCUCCUCCACGAUACGGCACAGUCAUACCUGAAGGCAUAUUCGUCGGCAACAGCGACACAAUUACUCAGACCCAGUCACAGGCCAGUUCCCCUAGCCGGAGUUCUGGCUCUCCCGAGCCCAGCGCUCCACUGACCGUGCAUCAUGCUCCACGAUAUGGAACAGUCAUACCUAAUCGCAUAUUCGUCGGCAACAUCGACACAAGGACAAACGAAGGCGACCUGAGGCGGUUUUUCUCCCACUACGGGGUCGUUAAGGAAGUCAAAAUCGUCAUUGACCGAGCCGGCGUAUCCAAAGGAUAUGGCUUUGUCACAUUUGAAACUCAAGAGGAUGCCCACAAGAUACUUCAUGAAGCGGGUCGGUUGUCUAUAAGGGAUAAGACGCUCAACAUUGGCCAGGCGAUCCGCAGGCAGCAUACAGGAAUGCUGUGUGGUCUGGUGUCGCAGGGUCCUAGCGCCCCCCUGGCUCCAGCCCCCUCCUGCAACACUCACUAUUUAACCACCUCCACUGGAUACCCCUACACCUAUCACAACGGAGUGGCCUACUUUCACACGCCCGAUGCACACGCUCACACACACUGGCCCUCUCAUCCUGUGUCUGCUGCAUCUCCUGCCAUGACGGCCCCCUCAGUCUACCCUCAACAUGCACACUACCACAACAACUACCAGACUGCGGGCCAGUAUGUGACUCCUCAUCAGUGGACUGGCGUGGUUCCUCAUCCUCCUCAGCCUCCAGUGUCCUCCAGUCCUGUGGUGUACCUGCAGAGUGGUGAUCUCCACCACUACCAUCCCGUGGAGGUGGCGGCAGUAACAGACGUGGCCUGUGGACAACCAACAGCACCCCUUCACGAUGCAGCCAUGGCAGAGCGUGCCCAGAUGGAUGUGAUGGUCCAUGCCUCGUUUCAGCAUCUCUACUUCCCCUCCCCCGCUGCCACGGCUGCCAUCUUGAUGCACAGAGAUUCCAUAAAGGAGCACUCCAAGUUCUACUCGGGCCGGCGCGGCUUGUCUCCCUCACUGAGGAAUCGGUGUGGUCGCUAUAACAACGCCCAUCACCUCCAUAAUGGCCACGCCCACACAGAGACGGCCGAGUAUCCUGCUCCGCACACCACCACCGAGCUGCAAUGAACACACCACACACACACAGGACCUCCACUGCCUGACCUCCUCCUACACGCACCUCCUGCUGACUCAACCUCCUGCUGACUGCUAACUCUUCCUGCUGGCAUAAAACUGAAAAAGAACCCAAAAAGACCUCCUCCAUCACAUCUCCUCUCUCCUGCUCCUCCUCCUCCAGAAGACCUCCUCUCUGUCCUCCUCCUGAAGAAGACCUCCUCUGUCCUCCCUCCUCCAGAAGACCUCCUCUCUGUCCUCCUCCUCCAGAAGACCUCCUCUCUGUCCUCCUCCUGAAGAAGACCUCCUCUCUGUCCUCCCUCCUCCAGAAGACCUCCUCUCUGUCCUCCCUCCUCCUCCAGAAGACCUCCUCUCUGUCCUCCUCCUCCAGAAGACCUCCUCUCUGUCCUCCUCCUCCAGAAGACCUCCUCUCUGUCCUCCCUCCUCCAGAAGACCUCCUCUCUGUCCUCCCUCCUCCAGAAGACCUCCUCUCUGUCCUCCUCCUCCAGAAGACCUCCUCUCUGUCCUCCUCCUGAAGAAGACCUCCUCUCUGUCCUCCCUCCUCCUCCAGAAGACCUCCUCUCUGUCCUCCCUCCUCCAGAAGACCUCCUCUCUGUCCUCCUCCUGAAGAAGACCUCCUCUCUGUCCUCCCUCCUCCUCCAGAAGACCUCCUCUCUGUCCUCCCUCCUCCUCCAGAAGACCUCUGUCCUCGUCUGGCCCAUCCACAUCAGUUCGCUUGCUCCUCCUAUGGCCAGGACCAGCCCCCCUCUCCCAUCACCUGACCAGCUCCCAGGUCCUGUGGCCCUUCCUCCUCCAGAACGCCUCCUCUCCUCCUCCUCCUCCAGAACGCCUCCUCUCCUCCUCCUCCUCCCUCCCCCUACUGUAGUAACCCCUGUUGUUGCUAUAGCAACCCUCUACUCCUACCUGCUCUCUCCCACUUCACCUCCACAUGAGACAAUCUAAUCAGCUGUAUGACAUGAUGACACAUCACAUCACUGUUGCCCUGUGUACCGUCCAAUCCAGCAGGACCCUCCCUCUGCCAGCCACCAGCAGGUUAUACGCAUCAAGUCAGCUGGCUCGCUGCAUUCGCCGUCCUCAUACUAAACAGCUGGGUCACAUGAUGUCCUCCUGAUGCAUCCCACCUACUCUGUACUUCUCAAACGAGACUCAGCUCCAGAGUUGUAUAAAGUAGAAGUAGAAGUACUCUUACCAGUGUAAUUACAACACGAGUGGUAUGAUACUACAUGGUUUUAACUUUGCAAUAUCAUACUGCGAGUGUUGUAAUUACAUCUGCAAGAGUUUAUCUACUUCUUUAUACAACUGCUCAACCUCCAUCAGCUCUGCCUUAUGUUCUGUGUAGCCUUGUAACUCCCAGGUCCACCACUAGGUGGUGGUGGUGCACCACUCAGCAUUGCCUUAACAACCCAGUCUCUAGUCAUGUGGUUUCACUUAACAUAUCAUGCUUAUAUGAUACUGCCUCACUUCUCUGAGACGUUUGCCACUGCUACAGUGCGUCUGGCUUGAUCUGCCGGUACUACAGUACAACAUAUCAAGUGAUUACCUCAGCACACAGCACGUGGCACCUCAGGAAUUAAAGCACUGAACGCCAUCUCAAGCUCUGUCACUACUGUCACUGCUGCCUCUCGUCUCGUAAAACUUAAGCUAUCAGCCAGGGGUCACCUCAAGAUCAAGCCGUUACAGAUAAUAAAACCAUACCGUCAAUCACCUAAUAAGUGAUCAAGAAAUCAGCUGAGGAAUGGAAGCUGAACUUAAUCUCCAACUGUCUGUAGCUCUUGGGGUCUCCUCUGGUGACAAUCCUACAGGACAAGUGCAAUAUUUUUAUACUUAUAUAUUUAUACUUUUCUGAGUUGUAAUGUUUUAGAUUCCCCCCUCAUCAUUUUUUUCUAUGAUUUGGCUAAUUUGGAUUUUGUCUCAACCACCUUAAGAAUGGCCGCCGAAUGGGCAUGUCCGCAUUUGUUCUCAAAACCACCCUAAACAUUUGUUUUCACGAGUGUGCAUCUCACCAAGUGUUUAGGGUUGUUCACUGGUGUUCCAUAACAAUUCUUCUGGCGAAACAUGAAACAAAAUAACAAAUAUGGCAGAAGAGUUAUUUUUAACUACUUGAAUACUUUUGAAAACAAAUGUUUAGGGUGUUUUUAGAACAGAUAUGGACUUGCCCAUAGACAGCCCUUCUAAAGCCGAUUCAGAGAAAAUCCAAAUUGGCCAAAUAACGGAGUCAUCAGCAAACAUCUAGAAAACGAUGAGGGGGAAUCUAAAACAUUGCAGACAACUCAGAAAAGGAGCGUAACGUUCAAAAUAGUGCACUUGUCCUUUAAGCAGACACUGACAUUUGCACUGAGAUGGCUAAAGCCAUCAAAAAACUUUACAUUGAACACUGGGUUUCUUUUCUUUUUUUUAAUUACUGUAGUCAUUCUACAGUCAAGUACAGUCAUAUUUUUUAUGUGAAAGUUUUCAGUGUGUUUGUGUGAAAUUCUUCAGACCAUCACAGUCCCUCUGCAGUGUGAGAUCUUAAGAUGUGUAUUUUGCCAACAUAUUUUGGAUAUUUUUCUGAGACAUACAUUUUUUAACACUGCGUCAUAGGUAGAUUCCCAGAGGUCUCUUCUUCCAAUGUGAACAACCAGUGAUCUUCUCUUUUGUAGAAAUUGACCUGUGACUUAAAAAAACAGUUUUUUGGGGUUUUUUUUUGUAAUGCUGUCAAAUGUGAAGUACUAAUCCUUUCUGAAUAACCACUUUCAGCAAUGUCUUAAGGUAUAGUACAGUGAAAUCUUAAAGUAGAAUUUGUACGAUGCCUACGUAUGCUGUUGUAGUUUAAUGCUUAUUACGUAUUUCAAAAAGAAGCCUCAGCAGUGUGUUAACAUUUCCACCUAAAAGUUAGAACUUAAUGCCACGCACAGGGUAUAUAUCUUUUAUAUAAAAUGAAGGAACGCUGCAUUCUUAUUAUAGUAUUUUGUUAACUGAGUAAAGGUUGUUGUUGUUUUUUUUGUUUUUUUAACUGAACGCAAGCAAAAUCCGCUGGCAUCACUAUCAACAAGUCUUAGUUUGGUGUCAGUACAAAUCAUUUUGGGCUGAACGAGAAAAAAAGAUUUAAAAGAAAUUGACUCUAGUAUUGUAGACGUGAGCCUGAGCCCAGUAUAAUUAUUAAAUAUCCUAUAGAGCUAAUAUGUUGCCAUUCAGGUCAUAUAAUGCAAUUAUUUCAUUUUAAUUUGUCACAAAGCUCAACACUGUUUUUCGUCCCAUUAUGUUUUUUUUUCUUAGCCUGACGAUCAAGCCAAACAUUUUGUUAACUAGAUAAUGGCAAAAAAUGAGCAAGUUCUCAAAUCAUCUGACACCUAUGAAUCACCCUUGUAAAUUUCAGAACUGAAAGCACCCAAAUAAGUAAAUGAAAAACCAUAUGCAUGUAAAUGAACAUGUUGGUUUAUAAAUGGUUGACGAGAAUGAAGCACCAAGCAUUUAUAACUAGGUACAAGGUUUAGAAAAGUUCAGUUUCUUCUGCACAUUCAUGAACAGUUGUUUACAUAAUGGCAGCUCUCUGCACUUACGUGCCAUCAAAGUAAAUUCCUGGACAUGUUUGUAUGUUCUUACAGUUGAUAUGCCAUCUUUGUAUGUUCUUAAAAUUGAUUUUAUAUUGUAUGGCAUUGACUUCGUGUCAUGUUUGUUAUCAAAUUCACCAGAUUUACUAAUGCUUAAUAUCUCCUUCAGAAUUCUUGAGUUCUUACAUAUCUUCUUACAGAUUGUUUACAAAAACAAGUAUUUAGAAUAAAUUGUGAUUUUUUUAUUAUCUUGUGUUAUCUUAUUGUUGCUCAGUGUCAGAUGAUGGAAAACUACCACAUACGGUGACAUGGUUAACACUGUUCUUACAUUUCUGUAAUAUUUUGAUUUUUGAGUUUCAUGGUUCAAGUUUUACAAUGAUGCACAAAUGUAGCAUUUGACUGUUUGUUGUGUUGAAUGUUUAAGUUCUAAAUAUCAAAAUAAAAGAUUUUACCAAUGCAA